AUGGCGGCCGUACGGGGCCUGCGAGUGUCGGUGAAGGCAGAGGCCCCAGCGGGGCCGGCUCUAGGGCUCCCGUCGCCUGAAGCGGACUCUGGUUUGGAGCGUGGCGAGCCGGAGCCCAUGGAAGUGGAGGAGGGCGAGCUGGAGAUUGUGCCGGUGCGGCGCUCGCUGAAAGAACUGAUCCCGGACACAAGCAGAAGGUAUGAAAACAAGGCUGGCAGCUUUAUCACCGGAAUUGAUGUCACCUCCAAGGAAGCAAUUGAAAAGAAAGAACAGCGAGCCAAGCGCUUCCACUUUCGAUCAGAAGUAAAUCUUGCCCAAAGAAAUGUAGCCUUGGACCGAGACAUGAUGAAGAAAGCAAUCCCCAAAGUGAGACUGGAGACAAUCUACAUUUGUGGAGUAGAUGAGAUGAGUACCCAGGAUAUCUUUUCCUAUUUUAAAGAAUAUCCUCCUGCUCACAUUGAAUGGUUGGAUGAUACCUCCUGCAAUGUGGUUUGGCUGGAUGAAAUGACAGCCACACGAGCUCUUAUCAAUAUGAGCUCUCUGCCAGCCCUGGAGAAGCUAAGAACCAGGGAUGCCAAUGAGGACAGGUCAUCUGAGAAAAGUAAAAAAGACAAGCAGGAGGACAGUUCAGAUGAUGAUGAGGCUGAAGAAGGAGAAGUUGAAGAUGAGAACUCAAGUGAUAUAGAGUUGGACACAUUGUCUCAAGUAGAAGAAGAGUCUCUGCUAAGAAAUGAUCUUCGUCCAGCCAACAAACUUGCUAAAGGAAAUAGGUUAUUCAUGAGAUUUGCUACAAAAGAUGACAAAAAGGAACUUGGAGCAGCCAGAAGAAGUCAGUAUUAUAUGAAAUAUGGGAAUCCAAAUUAUGGAGGCAUGAAAGGAAUUCUUAGUAAUUCUUGGAAGCGAAGAUAUCAUUCCCGUCGCAUUCAGCGGGAUGUGAUCAAGAAGAGAGCCCUGAUUGGGGAUGACGUUGGCUUGACAUCCUAUAAACACCGACAUUCCGGACUAGUAAAUGUUCCAGAGGAACCCAUUGAAGAGGAAGAGGAGGAGGAAGAAGAGGAGGACCAGGACAUGGAUGCAGAUGACAGGGUGGUGGUGGAGUACCAUGAGGAGCUCCCAGCUCUCAAGCAGACCCGGGAACGGAGCACAUCUAGGCAGUCCAGUGCCAGCAGUUCAGACUCCGAUGAAAUGGACUAUGAUCUAGAACUGAAAAUGAUUUCCACUCCUUCACCAAAGAAAAGCAUGAAAAUGACCAUGUAUGCUGACGAAGUGGAAUCUCAGUUGAAAAAUAUUAGGAACUCCAUGAGGGCAGAUACUAUAUCCACAAGCAAUAUCAAAAACCGAAUUGGUAACAAAUUGCCAACUGAGAAGUUUGUAGAUGUCCGACAUCUGUUAGAUGAAAAACGUCAGCACACACGUCCACGGCCACCAGGCAGCAGUACUAAGUCAGAUAUACGCCAGCGGUUAGGAAAAAGACCGUAUUCUCCAGAAAAGGCUUUUAGUAGUAAUCCAGUCUUUCGGAGAGAGCCUUUUUCUGAUGUACAUAGUAGGCUGGGUGUUCCCAGACAAGAUGUUAAAGGCCUCUACUCUGAUACACGGGAGAAGAAAUCAGGUAGUUUAUGGACGCGCUUAGGAUCUGCACCCAAGACCAAAGAAAAGAACACAAAGAAGGUGGAUCACAGGGCGCCAGGCACUGAGGAAGAUGACUCUGAGCUGCAAAGGGCGUGGGGGGCUCUGAUAAAGGAGAAAGAACAGUCUCGCCAAAAGAAGAGCCGGUUAGAUAACUUACCAUCUCUCCAGAUUGAAGUUAGUCGGGAAAGCAGCUCUGGUUCAGAGGCAGAGUCCUGAUGCCCUUGGGGCUAAUGGCAGCUGCCCUAAAAUCUGACAUUCUCAUGCAGGGUGGGGUGCACAGUAGGAACCUUUCCCCUCCCACCCCCCACAGGAGUUGGCGCCCCUCCUGCUCCUACACAGUCACCCUCAGCUCUUGCUGCUUCAGCAAGACAUGUUAAGAAUGUGACAUGUUUUGAAGGGCAUCUAUCUAUCUUUUGCUUCAGAGUAAGAGUUCUGGGCCCUCAGUUCUUUCCCCACUACCCCACAAGCUUUACCCUUUGAGGAGAAGGCAGCCCUCCAGAUUUUGUAGACGUUUUUCUUAAUAUUUUUAACAUUGUGUCUUUUAAAGAAAUGUUUUACACAGUUCAUCCAAAGAGCAGAGAACUGAACUUCUCACUAUUGCCUUGGCCCUGACAGCUGUUACCAGCACCCUUUUCCCAAGAAAAGUCAAUUCCCAGGUGCUUAUUGGACAGCCUUCGAGGGGGAAGAUGAGGGAAGCUGCCAGCUCACCCUUCCGGGACCCUAGUGUGGGGGCCGAAUCUCAUGGACCUGACCUCAGAGGUGCACCAGUGCCGCCCAGGUAGAUAAGAGAUGCAGCAUCGAUCGUGCUUCCGUUCCUCCCUGGGGAUUUCUGUUACGGGCCUCUUAGCAAUCAGCUUGAAGUGAAGAUCAAGUUCAGUGCUGUGGGAUUUUUAGGAACAAAAAACUGUGACUUCUGGAUUUGGGGUGGAUUUUUGUGCUAGGGGUGGGGUCAUGGGUUAAUGUUGAACAAUUUUUAAGUCUGUAUUAUGUUUAAAAAUAUUAAUGAUUUAAAAGUUUAAAUUUUUAAUUUUUAUAUGUGAAAAUACUUCCUGUUGGCUACAAGGGAAGCUCAAGUGGUGUCUUAUGUGUGCUGUUAAAUAUAUAUUAUAUACUUUGGAAGACGGCAAGGAGAGGAGUCUCAUUAUUUUUAAAUGAUCCUAAUUGUAUAGUCUGUCUGUUGUAUAUAGUGUUCAGACUUGCUUUUUGGCCACUGUAGGAAAAAAAUCCAUCCAUCUGAGAUGGGGUCCUGUUGUUUAUUAUCACUUCAGAAGUGAUACAUUAGUAUUUAUUCUUUGUAUUUCCAAGUUCUGGCACCUGAAGAUAAUUUUAAAACUGCCAAAUAAGAUAAUAGUUACAGAGAUUUUAGUUUAUUUCUCAUUUACUUCUAAACUCCUUUCAGAUUAUUUUAAAGGCAGUAGAUUAUUUUGUCUUCCUAUUUGAUCUUUAUUUUGAAGUAUUUAAUGUUUGUAUUCUUCUGCAGGCUUAAAAAUAGUGUUUCACUUCAGUUCACUAGAACUUAAGAAUUAGAGUAAGCCCUUGUCCCGUUGUGAUAUCACAACUCCUCACCUGUCUGGAGUGUUUCAGUACCUGGUAUAGUCCUGGAUUCUAAGGAUCUUUGCUUGUGGCAUUUAGAGUUGAUUACAGUGUGGUGUGAUUGAAUGCAGAACACUGCUGCUAAUAAAGGAAGGAAAGGGCUGCGGGACUUGAGAGCUGCAGCAACUGUACUGUACCAUGUUUUGUUGGUUAACCUGCUUUUCACUCCCUUUGGAAAGAUUAGAGGCUGUAACUAUGGUAUAUGUUUCCUCUUCUGGAGUGGAUUCUUGGAGAGAGAUGGUUCUCUGCCAGUUGAGACCUAAUGUUUCUGAGGUUCCUCCCUUUUUUGUUCUGUGGAGCAUACAGCUGAGAGCCAGAUUCUUGAGACGGGGCAAGGUUUGGGGACUUGGUAGAGUGAGAAGAAGAAGGACCUGAGAGUCGGAGACCUGGAUGCCAACCCCUGGUUUCUGUUCCAUCUGUCCCAUCUGGCAAAUGAAUGGGCUGGUACCAGAGCUUCUGACUUUGUUGGUGCAUCUCAGUGGUGUUUUACUCUUCCUGAAGCAAUGGUUAUGGUGGGCUGGCCAGCACUGGUUUCUCUUGCAUGUGUGGGGAGCGUCAAGAAGGGCAUGCGUGAGGUUUUGGGCAGGGAUUCAUCCCUAUCCCAUUUCCAUUACAGUCUCUGGGUCUUCUAGUAGGACAGAAAUAUCCUUGUGGUCAGGGUCCUAACUGAUGUGGUCUCAGCAGUAUUUUAAAAAAGCCCUUCUUCUGUGUUUGCCAAUCAUGACCUUUUCCACCAGUAGUUUGGGCCCAUCUAUCCCAUGGUCUAAUAGCCCUUGCCAGUCUCCUGCUAGAGAUCAGGGAAUGCUUUCUGGAAAGGUGGUGGUAUGUAGUCAAAACUGGGCCUUUGAUCUAACCAAGAAAAAUGCCUGCUUGGGCAGCCUUGCAAUUCUUACAAAUAUACAGACCCCAGAAAAGUAUCUUAGAAAAUUUUACUUCCCCAAGUUACUGUUGGCCACCUCCUCUCUCGCUCUCUGGCCCACACUCAGGCACUCAGAUCUUGCAACAUCUUACACGUGCUCUGAAUGCCCAGGCCCUUUCUUUGGAGUUUGGGAGUGAGGGUGGACUGUCAGGAUGGUCCCUAAGUGGCAGCUCAUUGUGCCUCGGUCCUCCUUAUGUAUGUGGGCUUCAGGGCUACACACUUUUCUAUAUUCUUCUUAGUCUUUAUGCAUAAGAGAUUACAAAUACAUUUUUGCUGCUUCACAGUAAUUUCAGAUACCUCAUUUCUGUUUCCUACUUUCCCUCUUGGGAGAGACGCCAGCUACCCAGGAGAACUUGUGGAGCUUGUGACAAGCCCUCCUCUGGCCCCUUUGUCUGGUCCCAUGAACCCUUCCCUUUAGUUCAAAUCACUGUCUUCUCCCACUUUAUCCCUGUGACAGCCUCCUCCCUGAUCUCUUCCCCAUAUCGCAUCCCUCCAUCUCUGUUCUGUGUACUACAGCUGGGAUGAACUUUUGUUGUUGUUUACAGCUUGACAGCUAUUAUUUACAUAGCAUACCCCUUCACUCCUUUAAAGUAUACACUUCGAGGUCACUUGGCUAUCUCAGUUGAAGGAGCAUGCGACUCUUGAUCUUUGGGUUGUGGUUCAAGCCCCACAUUGGGUGUAGAGAUUACUUAAAAAUAAAAAGUUCUAGGAAAAAAAAUAAAGUAUACACUUCAGUGGCUUUUAGUAUAUUCGAGUUGUGCAGCCAUCACCAUAGUCAGUUUUAGAACAUUUUCAUCACCAAAAACAAACCCUAUAUCCAUUAGCAAUCAUUCCCCAGUUCCUCUCCCCUCCUGGCAACCUCUGCUUUUGGUUUCUAUGGAUUUGCCUAUUCUGAACGCUCAUGUAAAUGGAGUCAUACACUUUGUGGCGUUUGUGCUUGUUUUCUUUCACUAAACAUAUUUUUGAGGAUCAUCUGUGUUGUAGCCUGUAUUAGUACUUCUUUUUGUUAAUGAAUAAUAUUCCAUUGUAUGAAUACAAUACAUUUUAUUCAUCAGUUGAUGGACAUUUGGGUUGUUUCCACUUUUGGCUGAUGUGAAUUAUGCUGCUAUGGAACAUUUAUGUACAAGUAUUUGUGUGGUUAUGUUUUCAUUACUCUUGGGUUAUAUAACUAGGGUGGAAUUGCUGGGUCAUACAGUCUGUCUUAACCCUCUGAAGAACUGCCAGACUAUUCUCCCAAAUGGCUGCAUCAUUUUCCAUUUUCCCCAUUAGUGUAUGAGGGCUCUAGUUUAUUCACAAUCCUUGACAACCCUUGUUAUUUCACGGCGUGAAUUGGUAUCUCAUUGUGAUUUUGAUUUGCAUUUCCCUGAUGUCUAAUGAUGUUGGACAUCUUUUCUUGUGCUUCAGAAUGAACUUUCUUAAAGUUUUUCUGUUAUUUUUCUGCGUAAAACCUUUCCAAAGCUUCACUAUUGUCCUUGGAAUAAAUGCCAAACUCCAAUGAUAGUUCACAAGACUUGUCAGAAUUUAACUUUUGGUAUCGUUGGCCAGUUCUCCCCGCCUCCCCUGCCCUGUGCCCACUAGCUCCUUGGACCCAUCUUGAUCUCACCAGUCUUUCAAAAUCUGCUCAGUGCUUUUCUUCCCUAGCAGUGGCACACUCCCCUGGCUCUUUCUCCCUUCUACUUAAGCUUUGCCUUCUCUUUUCCCUCAUCCUCAAGGACUUAAAGACCCCUCCAGGUGGCUGCCUCCAACUUCCAGAGCCAGGUUAUGGGCCCCUGCUAUGUAUCCCACAGUACUGCCAUGAAUGAGACUCUGCUCAUUUUAGGGUUGGGCUAUACAGUCACACCUAAGAUAAAAAUGGAGUGUAAUCAAAAUUCCACUUGGAAAUCCUGGGGAAGGUGCCAUGUUGAAAACCAGCAUCAUGGGUUCCUGCCUGUGUGGGACCAUAGUUUCUUUGGUUGAGUUACAGGUGAAGUGAUUGGCCUACAAUGAAGGCCAUAUUUUGUAAAAAAAAAAAAAAACAAAAACAAAAACAAAAAAACAAACAAACAAACAAAACACUUAUUUUUAGGUGUUAAACUCACUCAGGCAAGCAACUCACUUUUGAAGAGGCUCUUGGGAACUGUAACAAGCCACAGGUGUGGCAGGGCACAAGCUUACCUUAGGUGAAUGGAGGUGAAACGGCCCAAAUGACUUAAAAUUGCUUUGCUUUUUCCUUGUUUGUUUGGUGUUUUUUUUUUUCAACUUUUUCAGGAAAAUAUACCAUUGUGUUUGCCUAAGUGAAAUGUGUGUAUGAUGCCAAAUCUCUGUAACUAUCCCCCAAAGCCAGCACACCUAUACACUGAAUUGUAAUGUCCUAUUCCUACUUUGUCUUUUUUGCUAGAUUGUAAGCUCCGUGAGAGCAGGGACCAGGUCUGGUUUGUUCGUGGGGGUUUCUCUAGUCUUAGAGAAACCUGGCAGGUUAUCUGUAAACAUGCGGUGAAUGUGUAAGUCCCCCAGCUGCAGGAACAGCUUCAUUCUCUGAGGCCUUUGGGUCCUCUUACAGGAUAGUCCUUGUUUUCUGACUUGUACACACGAUACUUGAUGUUCAUGUUUUAUUUUCCCUUUUAGCCUGUGAGCUCCUAAUGAGCCGGUGUCUUCAUGUUGUUAUCUCUGUAUCCUCCCACCAUGCCAGUCCAGAGUAAGUAGUACUUAAAAAGUGUUUGGUAAAUGAGUGAAUUAUGGUAACAAUCCAGCUCUGACUCCUUUGCCUACAGGCUAGUCGAAUUCUAGCUGACACUACCAGAUUGAAAAAGAUGAAUAUUAUUUAGAAGUGCAUAAACUGUACAAGAAAAAAAUGUCAUUAAUUAGACCUCCAUAAAAUUCAAAUUUUGGUGAUCUGGCCAUAUCUGAGCUGAAGUUUACCUGCUGUGUAAAGAAUUUGCAAGAGCAUCAUGUAGAAUAUUUUUUUGGAAAGCAUUCAUCUGCCCCAGGAGAGCAGGAAGGGAAGCUGGCAGCUGGAUGAGAGGCCCCAAGGAGGAAUUACUGAGUCAGUUCUUAGCUUUGGUUCCUAUUGGAGAGGAAAGUGGUGGCAGUCCAAAGAAGGCAAAGAGAAACAACUUGUUCAGGCAGCAGCUCUUUGGCCUCCAGUAAUAGUCCACCUCUCACUCGGAGCAUUCUUAAAGUUACGCUGAAAUGCUAACAGCCCGUUUGGAUUAACAUUAACAGCAAAUCAUGGCUUCACAGAUUAAUUAAUUGCUGUACAAAUAAAUUUGGUUACGAGUAUUUGCUUUUAAACUUUAUAUAACAGGAAGCAAAUGAGAAGUUAAAGCCUUUUUUUUUUCUUUAAGAACUAAAAGGACAGAAUGUUUUUGAUAAUUUUGAGAAUAUCACACUUGCUUCAAGGCAGAAUGUUAUUGCAUAAUCUGACCAAUGAAAAUCCAGAACUUUUCUUACAUGUUUAUAAAAUAAAUCUUAGAAGAAAAAAUAUGGUAGCAUUUUUUUAAAUAAAAUUCUAUGAGCAUUUCACAGGAUUUUUAUAUUCCUGGGAACAGUUAGAGAAAUGCUGGCUCAAAAGCCUAUUUCAGAUUAUGAAGCACUGAAGUGGGACUUUCUGUGCUAUAAAUAAAACUCUAGAGUGUGGGUGGUAUUAACCUGCCAAAGUCAAUUCCCUGCCCUAGGGUUCUUACCUGUUUUUGCUUCAGCAGUUCGGAGGCCCUCUUUGCGUGACCAGAUUCAUUAGUAGGUGAAACUUUGUGUUUCACAAAUUGCCUGUCACCCUCACUACUGACUGAUGUAGGUUAGUGAAGGCAAGAGUCCCACACCAUUGGCAGGAGAGGAGACAUGACCUUCCUAUCCCUUCCUGGCUUUUUGUGUGUUUAAUCAUGUGGUGCAUCCCCUCUUGUCAUUGGCAAGGAGUACUCAGGAAGCCUAGGAGUUUGCACUUUUAGCUCAGGUAGAGUGUCUUUGGAGGUUGGUCAAAUAGAAUAGUGUCAGACUGGGUCUAAAGCCCUGGGGACUCAUUUUUUUGCACACACAAACUGGAGAAGACUGAAUAAGUCCCUUCACCUCUUUGGACCUCAGUUUCCCUGUCUGUCAGAUGAAGGGCUCAGCUGGGAUGGUCUCCAGGUUUCUUUCUAUUGCUAAUGUGAGUUCUAGGAUCUUUGCUCUACUUUUGUAAAGACCAUUAGAAGCCUAAGUUGAAUAGGAAGGAAGUUGGGCAAGCAAGAGGCCUAAGCCCUUGGACCCUUAGUCCAUAAACCAACCCCUCAGUUACAGAAGAAAAAGAGGAUUCUCUCCCUUGCUUAUUCCCCACUAAGCCCACCUUCCCCAACA